AUGGACUUUAGCAACCACAAGAUCUCUUCUUCCCCUACCUCUUCCUCAUCCUCGACGCCUCAACCGACCACCACAAGCGCCACAUUCGCCAGCGGGGCCACGACGAGCUCCAACACUGCUACCUCCGCUUCCACCGCCGACCCGAUGCACUCUUGGUGGGAAUCCAUCUCCAGAGCACGCUCCCGCAUUCUCGCUCUGAACUCCCUCCUUCCUCCCGAUCCUUCCUCUUCUUUCUCCCUCUCUUCUCUGGCAGAUUCCGACCAGCCGGCGCUCUCCUUUCUAUCGUCCCUCGACGCUUACUCUCUCUUCUCCUCUGCGAUUUCGAUUCCUUCUUCAGGGUCGGGAUCCGAUCCUCUCUGCCAGUGGCUGUACGAAACCUACCUUUCUGCCGAUCCUCACCUUCGUCUUAUCGUUCUCUCCUUUGUUCCCCUUCUGACCGGAAUUUAUCUCUCCCGGAUCCACUCCUUGGAAUCAACUUCCGCUCCUUCUCUCGCUGGUUUGGAGGCCGUCCUCCUUGCUAUCUACUCGGCAGAGGUGAAAUCUCGGGCCGGGAAGCCUGUUCUGGUCCAGAUUCCAGAUCUCUCGCAACCGUCUUUGUAUCACAGUCCUCGGAACAGACAGCAAAGACCGACCAAGUCGAGGCCUUCGGUUGGGGUUUUGAGUGCUCCAUUGGAGUCUCAGCUAGCUGUGAAGUCUACCAAGCGGCCAAUCAUCGUAGGCGUGGCGCUUGAUUGCUAUUUCAAGCAGAUCUCACAGAUGCCGAGUUGGUCUAAGGUCGAAUUCUGCAAAUAUGCGGCUGCGUGGGCUGGGCAGGACUGUGCUUGCAAGAACAAGUUUGAUGCCGAAGAGAAAUCUGAUAAGAAAUACGCUAAUGAAAAUGGCGCUGGGUACUAUCUAGAAGGCAGCAACUUGAGCAAUGGUUUUGACCGAAAUGGCUACGGUAAUGCUGUUGAGAUUGAACAUGAGGAUGAUGUUGUGGAACAAAUAAGGGAGUUGACGAUUGAAAGAUUUGAUUCAGGGGAAUUCGAAUUGAAGGGGGUAAGGAUUCCCCUGGCUUGGGAAAUUUUGCAGCCUUUGUUGAGGAUUUUGGGGCACUGCCUGUUGGGGCCAUUGAGCGCCCAAGAUGUCAAAGAUGCUGCUUCUGUGGCGGUUAGGCGAUUGUAUGCUAGAGGGUCUCAUGAUUUGCUUCCGCAGGCGAUAUUGGCAACUCAGAGCUUGAUUCGGCUUGAUAAUAGAGCAAGGGAGGCUGCACAGAUAUCAGCAGCUACAAAUCCGCCGUCAAAUGUAACUACACCUAGCAAAGCUAAGAAGCCUGAAGUUCUAUUGGUUUCCAAAUAA